UGAAUGUGCAAACGGAAUAUUACAUACGGCUUCUGCUGACCCUCGUUCAAGGAGGCAUGCUGGUUUGUAAAGGUAUCAUUGAUAGAGAACUUACAGGUAUUACACUUGAUGUCAUCCUGAAAGCUCACGAACCAAAACUGAAGAAGAAGCUUAUAAAGUCCCAGUAUCUCGUACUGUUUCCUAAGAAUGGAACCCCGGAUGUUGAAGACCUUGACCUUUCUGUGCUGACAGUUGUUCUACAAGAUGUGAUAAAUCUUUCUACCACUGACAAGCAGCACAUUAAAAUUAUAAAGGAAACAAGAAAUAGAUUAGCGCAUAAUUCCACGGCUUCGGUUGAACUCGCUGAUUACAACACCUUGAAAACAGAUCUGGAAGACGCAUUGACCAAAUUGUGCCUAGGCCUUGAUGUGACUCUACAGACUAAAUGCUCAAAAUUAAUACAGAAGUUUGCAAGCGAACCUCUUGAUGCGGCAACUGCUUUAAAAUACGUAAAAGAGCUGAGAAAUGAAGACGAGCUGUUACAAGAUUUUGAAGGAAUGUUGGAGAAACAAUCGGAAGAUAUUGUGCAAGAAGUCAAAGCAUCAGAAAACCGCAUGCAAGAAUUCCUAUCAGAUGUUGAGCAGAGAUUAAUGGGGGAAUUACAGAAACUGCAAGCUGGAUACACAGAUGAUUUCACACAUUCUACAUUUCCCGAUACAUUGCCUGAUUGUGAGGUUUGUUCCCACGUCAGCAACACUACAACAGCAACAAUUUAUUGUGAAGUCUGUUGUCAGUUUAUGUGCACUGAAUGCAGCCAACGCAUCCACACUGUUGAGAAGACGCACAAUCGGCAAAGAAUAGAAAAAGGUAUGCCAUUUAAGCUAGACAUGAAGGGUUAUGAUAAGUGUGAUGAUCAUAAAAAAAGCAUAACACAUAUCUGCAAAUCUGACAAUAAACUUUGCUGUGAGAUGUGCGUAAAGGAGAAACAUGAACACUGCAGUACAAUUGAUUCCAUUUCUGAAGAAACAUGCGAGUCUAAACACAAUCCAACAAUGGAAAUACCUCGACUACAAUACGAAGCACACCUGCUUCUUACAUGGUUGUCUUCCAUUGAAAGAGAUGUAAACAGGAAUGUAGAAAGUAUUCCUGCAAGGUUAGAUGAAUAUAGAAAUGAGUUAUUGAAGCUAUUUGAUUCUGAAGCACAAAAAAUAAAAGAAAAAGCUAAUGAAAUGAAAAGUAAUACAUUGAAAGAAAUAAAGAAAAAUCGAAAAUACUGCGAGCAUGUCAUUGAGAAAUCUGAACAAGCCAAACUUCCACUGAUUAAUAUGACUAAAUGUGGCACAACCCCACAAAAAGUUAUUUCUCAAUAUCGGAUAGAGGCAUUUAGAAACAAAUUGCAGUCUCUGACAGAUAUCAAUAUUGUGUCUUUACAUCUUGAACAUUUAAACUUACCAGAACAAAUUGCAAUACUAUCGGUACAUGUGGAGACUCCAGACACCAGGCCAGUACAGUUGUUCAUGGAUAAUGUACUGGAACUGAAGCAGAUUAAAAACGGGAAACGACCGUUUCUAACAGGUAUGGAUUUUUUGCCGGAUGGUAGACUGGUUGCAGUUGAUAAUUAUAACGAGAAGUGCUUGAUUUACAAUGAGAAGCUUGAGGAAGUAGGAUCAUAUCAGUUAUCGUAUAUACCACUGCGUGUUGUUGCUAUAUCUGAGGAGGAAGUAGUGAUAACAAGUAGCGGUGGAUACAAGAUAGACUUUCUGCGUGUCAGUAAAUCUAACAAAAUAACUUCAAAUAGGAUAUGUAAAGUAACGUCGCACUAUGAAUCUAUAUGUAUGAAAGAUGAGGGGCACUUUGUUGUUGGAACUGUCGAUGAUCAUAGGCCAGUUCGUAUUGUAUCUCUGUCAGGAGAUGAGAAAUAUUUCAGUAUCGACUUUCAGGACAAAAACUACUCUAUUGGUACCAGUUCAUGUACAUAUAUAAGAAACAGUGACAAAGUUGCUCUCACUGAUAGAGAUAAUCACACUGUCUUUAUAUACGAUACCACAAACAACACCAGAAUCGAUGUUAAGGAUGAUCAAAUCAGAGAACCAAAACGUGUAGCAGUAGGACCGUUUGAUUGUGUCUUUGUUUGUAGUAAAGGAACACACAGCAUUGUACAGAUUUCCCCGUUAGGAAAAAUUGUAGCAUCUCAUAAGAUAGAUAUGUUAUUUCCUUACAACAUUUGUUUCUCAAAGGACAAGACAAGACUUGCCAUUUGUAAUAGUUCUAGUGAAGGUGCAAAACUGCAAUUAUUCAAACUAGUGAUUUGAUUUUAGGUAAAUAUAUAAGCAUCUCCAACAGAAAAAAAAUGUAAGAAGAGUGUUAGAAACAGUAAUAUCACAAAUAAACAUUUUACAAAUUACUAAAGUGUUAAGGUUAAAAGAAUAAAUUUAUUAUAUUCUGUGUUUUAUCUAUGUUUAAUGGUUAGUAUAUAAUAAACUAUACAAAAAAAAAACAUUGUAAGCAUAUUACGAAACUAAGUAAAAAUUUAAGUAACAGCAGACUGUGGUUGAGUCAAUCUGAUCGUGAAGGGUAAUAAAAUGUACAACACAAGCAGAUCUCUUAUACAGAUACAUUGAAUGAACAACAUGAUCUCAAAGCACCAGAAAAUGUGACCACUUUGUAGGAUGUUUGAUGCUAUUAUAGCAUAAAACUGCUUUUUUGUCAUCGUUCAGAGUGUUUUAACAGGAGAGUAAAUGUUAACAGAGAGUUUCUCACGCCAACGUGCUGUUAAAACAUCUUUUUUACAUAUAUGCACAUUUCUCGGCAGUUCGUAAACAUGUUAUGACACCAAUACACAUAAUUCAAAAAGAAAUGAUGUCAGCAUGAUAACGCAUAUUUUCCCACCAAUUUCAUGGAAAUAUAAUAAUUUAUAUGGACAGUAUAUUCAUUUAUUGUUUACGUUUAAUGCUAGAUCAGCAUUAGCGCAUGUACCAUCCUUAAAACCCCUCUGAAUAUGCUGUUACUCGCGG